UUCCGUUCACGCAAUAACGAGUAUCAUUAAGCUAAUCACCGACCGAAUUAAUCCAACUACAAUCGCAUUCCCCCCCGCAUUCGGUUUACUUCUGUCAAGUUUAUCUCGCGCGUUAAGUUAAUAUUGUACGCGGGAUCUCGUGAGCGAAAAGACGCCGCGUGCCUCGUCCCUCGCUGCUCGCCCGUGGCGCUUUUUCACGCGAGCGAUCGCCGCGGAUCUCGAGGCAGCGUCGUCGUCGUCGCCGUCGUCUGUACACGCUCGUCGCAGGCCAUGCCGCACGUACUGCUGGGCGACUCGAUCGCGGUGGAGCUGGAAGCUCAGGAGCCAUGGCCGCAGCCGAUCACCCUGUACCAGCCGUACGAGGUGGAGCAGAUUCUGCUGCCCGACAACGCCAACUGCCUGGCGGUGCAGGCCUUCCUCAAGAUGUGCCAGCUGGACUUUCAGAUAGAGCCGCGGAAGAACGCCGAGUUCAUGUCGCCGUCCGGCCGCGUGCCCUUCAUCAAGUGCGGCACGAAGCUGAUAUCCGAGUUUGACGGCAUAGUCGCGCACAUAGGGAGCAAAGGGACAAGCCUGUCCGACCACCUGGACCCCGCCGGCAAGGUGGACAUGAGGGCGUACCAGUCUCUCGUUAACAACGUGUUCGUCAACGCGGAGCUGUACAUCUGCUGGGUGGAUCCGACGAUACUGGACGGGGUGACGAAGCAGAGGCACGGAAGCGUGUACCCCUGGCCGCUCAAUCAUUACUUGAACUGGCAGAAGAGACGGGAGGUGAUAAAGAGGCUGAGCGUGCUCGGCUGGUACAACAAGAGCCUGGACGAGGUCUUCGACGACGUGAAGAAGUGCUGCAUAGCGCUAUCCGAGAGGCUGGCGGACGAAGAAUUUUUCUUUGGGAAAGACAAACCCAACGAGCUGGACGCCCUGGUCUUUGGUCACAUAUUCACGAUAAUCACGACGCCGCUGCUCGACAACAAGCUGGCUAUGAUCGUGCAGGGCCAUCCGAAGCUCCUGAAUCUCUGUAAACGCAUCGAGAUUAGCUUUUUUUCUUCCCGAGCUAUAGACAGUGAGACUAAUGAAACGCUGGAGUUCAAGAAUUAAGCCAAUGAUCCAACCGUGCCGAGGAUAUCGAAUUAAACGAAAACACCUUUGUCUAAACUAAAUUCAAACGCGAUAUCCCAAUGUCGGGCAGUAAAAACGUGCCGAGGCAUAAUCGGGGCGCGGUUCUCGGAAGCUUGUCGAUUAGGUGUAAAAAUCUCUCGUUCUCAUCAAAUGUCACCGCCGACUGUCAUAUCAAUGUUCACGGAUAUUUAUAAUCGUUUUUAUAUAUUUAUAAUUAUUUUAUUCAAGUAUGUAAUUAAUAGUGUAAUGUAUAUCGUUAAGCGCGCCGUUAGACUAUGUCAUCGAUGUUGUACAGUAAUGUAGAUCAGGGAGAAGCAAUUUUCUAGUCAAUACACCAUUCUCUCCAUUUUUAUGUUCAUUGCAUGCAAGUACGAGAGAGAGAGAGAGAGGCAACUUGUGCGAUGUAUACAUCGUGUGUAUAUGCUGUAAUAGCUGCAUGUAAAACUUGAAUACAAUUUUUUUUUGAGCCUAUGUUAAUAUUUCUUGUCUCCAGCGUUUCAGUCGCACCGUUGAAACGCAAAUAAAAAAACAAUCUGUCUACUCGUGU